AAAGUCUGUUUAGUGUAGUAGUAAAAAAAUUAAAAACAAAACCCCAAUUUCACUAUCAAAAGCCACAAUUCUUUCUUUCUCUCCCUCUCUUCAUUCUUAGGAGAGAAAAACACAAUAAACCUAAACCCUCUCUUUUUCUUAACGCCGUAACGGGCAUUCCCAAAGGCACCGUCACAAACCCUCACGUGCGAGUCACGUGUUUUUCUGAAAUCUCUUUUCCAUGGCUCUGGACCAGCCUUCGAAUCCCAACGCCGUCGAUGGCGCUGGUAACGGCGCGACGCCCUGCUCCGCCGCAGACGGCGGCGAUGACGGGAGGCCGGCGGCGAGGCUGCCGCGGUGGACGCGACAGGAGAUUCUGGUGCUGAUUCAGGGAAAGAGCGACGCGGAGAGCCGGUUCAGGCCGGGUCGGGGGAGCGGUUCGGCGUUUGGUUCGGGCGAACCGAAAUGGGCGUUGGUGUCAUCGUACUGCAAGAAGCACGGCGUGAACCGGGAACCGGUUCAGUGCCGGAAGCGGUGGAGCAACCUCGCCGGCGAUUACAAAAAGAUCAAGGAGUGGGAGUCGCAGGUGAGGGACGAAGCGGAGUCGUUUUGGCUCAUGAGGAACGAUUUGAGGAGGGAGAGGAAAUUGCCUGGGUAUUUUGACAGGGAGGUUUAUAAUAUUCUCGAUUCGCCGUCGUCCACGGCAGCGGCUGCAGCGGCGGAGACUCCGGUGGCGGUGGCGGAGGCGGCGUCGGCGGGGGAUGAGGAGGUGCACCUCUAUGAUAGUAAUCGGAGGGUUGGGAGUGAGGAUGGGUUGUUCUCGGAUUCUGAGAAGGACGAGGUUUUGCUUUUAGCCGCUGCCAAGGAUGUUCCUGCACCUGUUCCUCUCUCAGAGAAGCAAUAUCAGCCGCAUCUCCAUGGGUGUGAAGGGGAAGGCAACCCUCAAGGUACUACCAAUGGGAAAUGGGCAACCCCAAAUCCAGAAAUGGGUUCUACAUCUCAAGGGGAACGGAAGAGGAAGCGGUUAGCAACAGACGGAGAGGAGGAAACUUUGCAAAGCCAAUUAAUUGAUGUCUUAGAAAAGAAUGGCAAAAUGCUACAUGAUCAACUUGAAGCUCAGAACCUGAAUUUCCAGUUGGAUCGCCAACAGCAGAAAGACACUGCAAGUAACAUAGUUGCUGUACUUGAUAAGCUUGCAGAUGCUCUAGGGAGAAUUGCUGAUAAAUUGUAGAGCAAGGAGGAUCCGAAUAGAAUAGUGUACAUAACAAUUUGGAGUCAACAAUAGUGAUUCCCAUAAUUUAUCUCAGGAUAGUUUUUAGAAGAUGAACAUCAUACUAGUUACCCUUUUUUUUUUAAUCUUCUGUCUGCAUUUUGCCACUUUUUUGUGGUUUACUACUGCACUAAGGCAUUUUAUACACAAAUUUGGAGGUUACUGCAUUUUAUUUAUUUUCUUCUUUCAGUGAGGUUAUAUGAAUCUUUCCUCGGUCAAUAAUAGCGGUUGUACAGAUAAAGUUACUAUUACUAAUUAAGGUACAUUUUUAUUAGAGGUAUCU